AUGAGUUUUUAUUUAGUUUAACAGUUACACCCGCCAUAUUGUAAAUGACAUCGACUAAUCCUCAUGUUUCAUCAGGCUCAGAUUACUCAAAGAACUACCAGAAGCGAUCACAAUGGAAGAACAAUCCUUCCAUGACUAAUUUCCCAACCCCAUCUAACAAUCAAAUCGAGGAGAACCCUGACAUUGAGACAAAACAUGACGAGUAUUUACUGAAAUUAGAAGAACGAAACCGAAUGAAAAAACAAUUACAGGAGCAAAAUGAAGCAGAAAAAUUGAAGUUCGAAAAAGAAAAAGGCUUCAAUUUGUACAUUAACGGGGCAAAUACUUCAAGAUUUGAUACACAAGUUGUAAGUCGAGGUUUGAGAAAGUCGCAGCAUCAGCCAACGUCGAGGAAAACUUCAAAAGAAUUGGAAAAUUGUGGCAACCCUAAUGAUCAUCGAGCAAGAACAGCUCCAGCCAAGCGCAAAAAGUGGACGCAAGAUAAUGAAAUAGAGAUACAGACACACAGAGACGGCAAAUUGUUAUUCGAGGGUUCACAGUUUCAGUACAAGUACUCGGAAGAUUUCACGAACAGCGAGGAGCUGGAUUCCGGAGUUCAAGUUGCGGAAUCGGACGACUACUUGUCGGCGUCGGUAGUUGAUACGAGUGAACAAAAUUAUGCCGACGAGGAAUUCAACGAAGAGGCCGACGAUGACGAGGUAACUUUCGAUCAAAAAGAAAGAGAUAUUUUGCGACAAAGUUUGAGACUCGACGAAAUUUUGAAGGAAAGUAUCAGGGAAAGCAUAAUGGACGAAACCCCCUCGGAUAGUGAAAUAGCUGAAGACAUGCGUGAAAGCGUAGAAAUUGAUUUUGUAGUUAAUAAGCCAAAAAGGACCAAAGAGGUGAAGGUUUUGAAAUCUAGCAGUGCCAAAAGCGAAUCUAGUAGGUGUUAUACGCCUACGGGAAGGUUUAGUCGACCGUACCCUGAUAGCAAAGGUACAAAUUCUCUGACAAGUUCGUUCAGCAAAGGAGAAAAAGAGUCAAAACUUCAAGAAAACUUCAGUAAAGAUGAAACAAAGACUCAUGAAACGGUGACGGAAAAUACAACAUCAGUCAUCCAAAGUAACGGCGAUGUUAAAAAUAAUGAAACGAACACCCAGUAUGACAACAAUGAUGUUAAAGACGUGAUUGAAAAGUUUAAAAAAUUAGGAAUUGAUCAAAGACGAAUGUUACUCGAAGUGCUGUCUCAGGAAAAUGGUGAUUUAUCUGCGCUUAUAGCUCCAAAAGAAGUAAAGAGUGCGCGGCCUACUUAUACAGUGAGCGACAAAAGCUUCAAGAAUGAUUCUACUGAUGCUCUUUCUAAAUCAACUGAAGGCUUGAAAAGGUCAAGUACUAACUUUGAAAAGGUUACGUCGGAAAUGCAGGAGCCAAAGUUAGCUGAAAAGUCAAGUGCAAUUAAAACCUACAGAGUGAAUGAUGACGUUGGUUCUUCUGGUGACAAAAUGAGUUUGCAGCAGUUGAUUCAGAGUCAGUCGUUGUCUUCGGAAACUAACUUGACAGCAAACGAAUCGAUUGAUAUCGGUGAAAGUCGAGCGUCGCUACGAAGUGAAAAGUUUGAGCUGAGUUCAAGUCGGCCCGAAAGCCAAGCUUCGUUAGUGUCAAUGUCAAGUGGGUUUGAAAAGCCCUCCUCUAGGCCGGGAUCUAGACAGAAGGAUUUCAACUAUCCAAGCUGCUCAGAAAUGAAUGGAAAUCAACUUGACAAUUUUGAAAGGUUUAUUCCUGUAUCAAGCGGCAAUAGCGAAAUUUGCAAAACGAUUUGUCUCAAAUUAGUUUCAAAUUGGGGCGACCCAGUUCAAAUUGGUCUAACUGGAGUUCAAUUUCUGGGUGAGAAUAAUGAAGAAAUUGUCUGUUCAAAAUUUUCGGUUAUCAACGCUCUCGAUCAAAUUAGCGACGUGAAAGUUCUACUGAACAAAAAAAUGAAAACUACAAAAUCUUCAAAUAUGUGGUGUUGCAUGUAUACAAAGUACCCUAUCGAGUUAUUUUUCUCAUUGAAUGCAGCAAAAAAGUUAACGACCAUCAAACUUUGGAAUUUCAACAAAUCGCCGAAAGAAUUAAAUAAAGGAGUUAGGAAUUUUGAAGUUAAGAUCGAUAAUGUUUUAGUGUUUAGUGGCGAGCUGGAAAAAGGGUGUGGGAAUCAUAUCUUCGAUUAUGAGAAAAUCAUUCACAUAGAAGAAAAGCCGCAAGUUUCAUUAGAUAGAAGUAAUUCUAUCUCAAAGUCAUUUGUUCUAGCGCCUGAUUCGGCGAGAAGUAACACGUUCAAUCCUCCUACUGCGAGUGUAGCUGAUGUUACGUGUCCGGAUGAUUCUGAGUUCUCGUUGGAGGAGCUUUUGACUCAAUCAAGUGGCCGAAAACCAGUUUUAACUAGUCAGCAGAAAGAUAAAACAAUGCCGAAGAAAGUUGAGCCAGCGGGAGUCAAGCCGAAAAAAUCCGACAAGACGAAACGAAAACAGUUAGCAAAACUGUCUGGAAUUUUCGAUUCCCUGGAUCUGACGACCAACGAAGAAUUUCACUACCAACCAACUCCGGUGCCGGAUGUCAAAGGAAGUGACAAUGAAUCUGCAAGAAAAUCUGACUAUAACGAAGACCCAAUUUCCGCUCUGAACGAUCGACUCGACGAGAGUUGGUCUCAUAUUUUUGCCUUCGAGAGAGCCAGGUCAGGACGUGAAACGGCCGCAGAAAAGAAAAGUUUGGAUGUUUUAAAUGAACUGGAGCCAAAAAUUUGUAGCACGAAAGGUGCCCCAAUGUCUGUUCGAACUUUUUCGACUGACAGUAACGCCUCACUUGGAGAUAGUCAGUCCUUACCGAAUUUUGAAUCUGAGCUUAGAUCCGUAGAUUGGGAUUCUUUCACGAUUCCAGAAUUACCAUCCGGAACAAGGCUAGUUGUCAAUAUUUUGUCAACAUGGGGUGAUAAACACUACGUUGGGCUGAACGGAAUUGAGUUGUUUGACAGCCGAGGCCAAAAAGUCAAGUUCGCGAAAAUCGAAGCGGAUCCCUCGGAUAUUAAUGUGUUACCAGAAUACUCAAAAGAUCCAAGAGUUGUGACAAAUCUCAUUGAUGGUGUGAACAAUACACGAGAUGAUACGCAUAUGUGGCUGGCCCCUUUUACAGCUUCACAGAAUCAUUUUGUCUUUCUGACGUUAGAAAAAAGUUGCACAUUGGCAAUGAUGAGGUUCUGGAACUAUAGUAAGUCACGCGUACACUCGUCUCGAGGAGCGAAGUUGAUUCAAGUUCACUUAGACGGAAACCCAAUUUUCAGAGGGGAGAUCCAACGAGCAGGGGAAUUGGGCGAAAAUUUCAAAGAGACUUACGGAGAUACAGUUAUGCUAACAAUGGAUGCGAAUAUAUUGAGCAUGGUGUCUGAAAACGACGAAUUGUUUUUGAACGACUGGAAUGAAAGUUUGAACUGCGAUGAGUCAGAUCGACCAAUGACAGCUGGCGAAGAUAGUGAUGUCAGACCGAUAACUGUGGCGUCGAAUCAGAAGCCAGGUUGCAUAAGCGACUGCGCUAUCGAGAGCAUGUUCGACAUAGAUAGUCAAGGUGAGCAGCCAAAAGUUACAAAUAGGUGUAAUAAAGUAGUGUUUGAGUUGCUGGAACCGUGGGGCGACGCGUUUUAUAUGGGCUUAACAGGUCUUCAGUUGCUAGAUGAAAGUUUGCGCCCAAUAAAAAUUACAGCUGCCAUGAUUAACGCCAGUCCUACAGAUCUGAACACUCUUCCUGAAUAUACCAAAGACGUGAGAACGCUUGAUAAACUGAUUGACGGGGAAAAUCUAAGCAAUGACGACCGUCAUAUGUGGCUUAUACCGUAUACUCCAAAUGGCAAACACCUAUUGACUAUCAAUUUACCCGAGGACGCAAAAUCAGUUGCGGGUUUUGACGUUUGGAACUACAAUAAGAGUUGGGAAGAUUCGUUUCGAGGAGUGAAAAGACUCAAAGUCUACUUAGACGAAAGCGAAGUGUCGCCUGCAAAUGCAGGUUUUACCCUAAGAAGAGCACCGGGUCAUACGAGCUAUAAUUUCCGGCAACGAGUUGAGUUCAAUAAAUACUCGCCGUAUCAAGGCGAAAUCCCAGACUGCCCUUGUGGUUUUGUUUACACGAUUAUGAUUCAAAGUAGCCAAAACGACCUUUACUACGUUGGCCUUGACGGCAUUGAGUUGCUUGAUGAUCGAAACGUGAAAAUCCGAGUGAAAGCGAAUCAAAUCGAUGCCUAUCCACGAAGCGUGAACGAAUUGGAAAACGCCAAGUCGGAUAUCCGAACUCCCGACAAGUUGGUUGACGGCGUGAACAGUUCACGAGACGGAAGUCAUUCUUGGUUGGCGCCCAUUUUUCCGAAAGCUAAUAACAAAAUCUACUUAGUUUUCGACCAACCUCAACCAGUGUCUCAAAUACGAGUCUGGAAUUAUUCCAAAACACCUUCUAGAGGAGUUAAAGAAGUGGCCGUUUUGGUUGAUGAUUUGAUCCAGUAUCAGGGAGUUUUGAAACCAGCGAUGAAUGUAGCAAGGGGAAUUUUACCCGGAAUGGAAGCAGAAGUGAGAUGCCAAGUGAUUGACUUGAAAGGUUUCAACCCUGAACAAAAUGAGGUUCAGCUGGAAGAUCCAAAUCAAGUGCAUGAUAGUGUUAAAGUACAGCAGACAGCAACUGGCAACAACAGCAGUGAUUCCGCGAAUCAAAGAAACAGACCAAAGACGUGCGUUCCCAGAAAAUAGUUUUGAAAAAGACAAGCAAAUGGCUAUAUGGAUUAGAACUUUUUGGAACUUAGCUGUGAAAAAUUUUGUUCAAAUUUCAAUGUUCUAUGUUAAUUGUAUAAAUAGAUUGUCAAGUUUGUGAAAAGUGUAUAUAGUAGUGUAGCCAAGUCAUACAUGUAUGUAAA